AUGUACAAGCAAUGGACCUAUUGCAGUCGCAGCAGUCAACCCUUUUUGGAUAAGAUUGACGGACUACGCGCAAUCGGCGCGGGCACUCUAGUAGAACUACCGCAACUGAUUGUGUGUGGUAACCAGUCCGGCGGUAAGAGCUCGGUGCUCGAAGCUAUCACCCGGGGCGUGUCGAGAACUAACGAAGAGGAACACCUGAAACGCCGCAAUCUUACGACCGACGACGCCGUUCUCAACGGCCUUGAUUUACCUGCGCUGAUUGAGCAAGCUAAGACACGCAUGCGUAUUCAUGAUAGUGAUUCUACCAACUCGGGUUUCACUGAUAAAGUGUUGGAGGUCGAGAUCUGGGGUCCAGACAAGCCGGAGCUGAAGCUCGUUGAUCCCCCGGGGUAUACUAUGCUACCAGUCGCGACCAGGGCGACCAGGGCGAGCAAGGUGAGCAAGUAUAUGAAGAACAACGGGGGUAUUAUCCCUGCCGUUAUUAGCGUGAAGAUGGAUUACUAUUUGCAGGAAGUGCUGAAUAUUGCGGAGCAUUUUGAUCCGAAACGCGAGCGGACUCUUGGUAUCAUCACGCAGCCCCGAUAUCUUCGAGACUGA